AUGUCUUCCCUUCUAACCACAGAACUUGCUUGCACUUCUGCUCCUGAUCAAGUCCUACACCUCUUCUUCCAGGAGGGCCAAAACAUCCUUGAAGCGCGAUCUCCAGAUGGUGGCAGUGUCUGGACCACUCAAGACACUGUUAUUUCAAAAGAUGGAGAUUACAAUGGUUCUUCGAUGACAUGUUAUUAUGUAGACAAAGACGCGAACUUUGAUAACCAGCCCUCAAUCCAUCUUCUCUACAUCAACAAGGACAAGCAAUUGAUGGAGAAAGUGAAGCGCAUGAAGGGAGAUAAUCCAAUCUGGGAGGAUGUCAAGAUCCCAGAUGAAGUCAAGAAAGGUCCAGAGCAAUACUCGAGAUUGACCAGUGGGGCUUUCAAUUCAGGUAGUGGAUGGAAUCCAAAUGGUUCGCAAUGGGCCUACUUUUCAGCUACCAAGGACGGCAAGAUGGGUAUGGUUGAAAUUAGACGCACUCCAAAGGACCCAUGGCAUACUGAGACCAUUCUCCCCGAGAAAUGGGGUGAAGAGCUCCCAGGGACCUCCCUAGGUUGCACAAUCUCGAGCGGAAAAAUCAGGAUGUUCUUCCAGCACCAUGACUAUAGCAUCCGUUUGCUUGAGAACCAAGACAACAAGUGGCAUGACCGAGGUGUCUACGUCGAGAAAGACAAGGUUCAAGCCACAACACCAAUUGCUUGCACCAUGACUCAGGACGGAAGCGUUCAUCUUUUCUACGUCGCAAAGAACAACAAGAUUGUUCACUGCACAGAUGGAAAGAAAGAGGAAGAAUUAGUCAAUUUCUUCCCAGGCUCAAAGUUGGGCGCCACAUCAGUUGAAAACAAGAUUACCUUGUUCUUCAGGAACUUGAACCCCGUCAAUGAAGUUGGUACAUUGGAGAAUGAGAAUGGCUCAUGGAAACAUGGCAGCAGUGUCAUCCGUGCAUGA